AUGGAAAGCCCUACUGCUAGACUGGUGACUAACUCUACGAAGAAUGCACUGUGUGCGCGGCUCGCCGCUUUGCGUCGUGUACUGCGCGGAGAGGAGCCGCUGGAUCACGUGGCGGUGGUACUCAAGGCCUCACUUACGACGAAUAUUAUCAUCGUCAUCGUCAUGACCUCUGUGGCCAUUACGAGCAACUCGCUCGCUUUGAUCUCAGCGUUGGUGGAGAACAUGGUCGAUCUCUUCGUCCAGGGGCUACUCUGGUACGCUGGAACCCGUUCGGGCAAGAAGCAGGACUACGCUAAGUACCCCGCUGGCACGUCGCCGUGCCAGCGGGCUAUCAUUGUGGCCGCCAGUGUGAUGGUGCUGGCGUCGAUAGUCUUUAUCCAAGAAGCGGUGACGAAGCUCGUCGAUGGGUUCUCGUCGGACGAGCCGGAGGCGCCGGUCCUCUCAGCCGCUGCUAUCGCCAUUGCAGCUACGGCAGUGAUUGUCAAGAUUGGGCUCAUGUUCUACUCUGCCUGGAUCCUCAAGUCGACAGUCUCGGUCGCAGUUGAAGCCAUUCACCAGGACAACUUCAACGACAUGCUUAGUAACUCCUUCGCUGUUGCGGCGUACAUCGUUGCUGCCGUGGAGCCCAAGGCUUGGUAUGUCGACCCGGCGGGUGCCAUUAUAAUUUUUGUCUACAUUAUGGUGGCGUGGGGAAAGAUGGCGUGGGAGCAGAUCACUCAACUUGUCGGUGUGUGCGCCAGUGAGGAAUUUAUUAAGGAAGUGAAGGAACUUUGCAGCCGUCAUCAUCCAUCUAUGGAACUCGAUAUUGUGCGUGCUUACCACUUUGGAUCAAAGUAUCUCGUGGAGUUGGAAGUGGUUGUCCCGGGUGAAAUGUCUGUUAAGCUGGCCCAUGAUAUCGCUCUUCAAGUGCAGUUCAAAGUGGAAAAUCUGGAGGAGGUGGAGCGCGCUUUCGUGCACGUGGACUACCAGGCUCGUGAUUACGACGAGCACGUGGUUUCUCGUGAGGAGGACGCGUUGCUGGUGUACGCUGGCUACGAUGCGUCUUGCGAGUCAAGUGGCCAAUACGUAAGCGUUUCGAUGGAAAAUGGAGAGCCGUUCCCAGUUGCUGUGGAAAGCGAGACAGCUGCACCGGGGACCCCCACGGCCACAACAUUUGGUGAGUUUAAGGGAUAA